AUUAUAGAGCUUGGCUCUCGAAACCUACACGUGUGUCGCGCACGCGGAGCCCGUCCACCACAUCUACACCACCGUUCCUUUCGCCGCUCUCAAUUUCUGCGUUUCUGCCAUUCCGCACUUCCCAAAAUAUAAUUCUUGUUGCUCCUUGUACCUCGUUUUACCCCUAUCAAUUUUCCCAAAGACGUUGAAAACAAAGAAAUCGAGAUGCAGAGAGGGAGGGAGGGAGAGUGAGGAGGUGUGAUCUGUGAAGCUCAACAAGCACGCCCGCGUUGACUCAGUGAUGGCCUCAGCUACCUCCCAACGUGUGGAGCUCGCCAAGCUCUGCCGCUCCCGAGACUGGUCUAAGGCAAUCCGAGUCCUUGACUCAAUUCUCGCUCAAUCCUCCUCCAUCCAAGAUAUCUGCAAUAGAGCAUUUUGCUAUAGUCGAUUGGAGUUGCACAAGCACGUGAUUAAGGACUGUGAUAGGGCGGUACAGCUCGACCCGACGCUUCUUCAACCUUAUAUCCUUAAAGGUCAUGCAUUAUCUGCUUUGGGUAGGAAGGCGGAUGCUAUUCUGGUUUGGGAGAAAGGCUAUGAACAUGCUUUGAGUCAGUCUGCUGAUCUUAAACAAUUGUUAGAACUUGAAGAACUUUUGACAAAUGUAAAGGAAGAAAGAAAUGUUUCAUGUAACAACGUUAUGGUGAUUUCGAGAUCCUCUAAGCCUUUAUCUGAAGCUGAACCUUAUAUCAGUGACAAACAUGCUGAAACAUGUGUAAGCCAAAGUGAGCGGAGCCAUUCGUCCAAUUUAUGUAGUGAGUCAAGUAAUCAGCAUGAGAUCCAUGUCAAAUCUAGUAAUAGUUUUGAAGUAAACAGUGGAAUAAAUGAUAAAGUGGCAGGGAUUUUAUCAGUUCCUCCAUGUGAACCGGACCAUCUCAUCAAUGACAAAUCAAGUGAUAUACAUAUGGAUCAUACCAAGUUGAAUGGUGAAUCUAGAUAUUAUAGCAAGUUAGGAGAUACAUCAGUGAUGAUAGGAAAUUCUGGUAAUGAGUUUGACAUAGGCGAUGGAUUCGGAGAUAAAUCCGAGGAGAAUGGGAUAUUUGAAAGCCAACAGAAUGGAACUUGUGACAUUCUUGAUAAACUAAAUUAUGACUCUGGAUCUUGCAAUGACUUAAGCAAUACAUCAGAAGCAUGUGCUACGUCAUCUAUUAUUUGCUGUAACUUGGGUGAUGAGAGUGAAACUCGUGGUGAAUCAAGUAAUAAAGACAUACAUAUUAAAGCAAGGGAUGAACCCAAGAGAAACAGCAAGUUCAGUGUUACAAGGAUUUCAAAGACCAAAUCAAUUAGUGUAGACUUUCGUCUAUCCAGAGGUAUAGCGCAGGUUAACGAAGGGAAGUAUGCCCAAGCCAUUUCUAUAUUUGACCAGAUUCUAAGAGAAGAUCCUAUAUAUCCCGAGGCAUUGAUAGGAAGAGGGACAGCAUAUGCAUUCCAACGAGAACUUGAAGCUGCUAUAGUUGAUUUUACCAUGGCCAUCAAAUCAAACCCAUCAGCUGGUGAGGCAUGGAAGCGAAGAGGGCAGGCCCGAGCUGCCUUAGGGGAAUUUUCUGAGGCCAUUGAAGACUUGACCAAGGCGUUAGAAUUUGAGCCAAACUCAGCCGACAUAUUACAUGAAAGGGGAAUUGUUAAUUUCAAGUUCAAGGACUUCAAUGCUGCUGUCAAAGACCUCUCUGCAUGUGUGAAACUUGAUAAGAAUAACAGUUCUGCAUACACCUAUUCGGGUUCUGCGUUAUCUUCAAUUGGUGACUAUAAAAGAGCUGAGGAGGCCCUUUGGAAAUCAAUCGAACUUGAUCGCGGUUUUGUUGAGGGAUGGGUUCAUCGUGCACAGUUCUUUCAAGAUUUGGCAAACUCUACAAAAGCUCUUGAAUGUCUUCAGCAAGUUCUACAAAUUGAUGAGAGGUUUGCAAAAGCAUAUCACAUGCGUGGCGCACUGUUUCAUGGGAUGGGAGAACACAGGAAGGCUAUCAAGGAAUUAUCAAUUGGAUUGCGAAUUGAGAGCUCAAACAUUGAGUGCAUGUAUUUGCGUGCUUCAUGCCACCAUGCUAUUGGAGAAUAUGGCCAGGCGGUCAAGGACUAUGACACUACACUGGAAUUGGAACUGGACUCGAUGGAUAAGUUUCCGCUCCAAUGCUUGGCCUUUUAUCAGAAGGAGAUUGCUCUAUACACAGCUUCAAGAAUCAACAGCGAGUUUUGCUGGUUUGACAUUGAUAGAGAUAUCAAUCCCCUUUUCAAGGAGUACUGGUGCAAAAGAUUGCACCCCAAUAAUGUUUGUGAAAAGGUCUACAGACAGCCUCCCUUGCGUGAAUCUCAGAAAAAAGGGAACCUUAGAAAGCUGGAUUUUACGAUGACAAAACAGAAGAGUGCUCUUCUGUUGGCCGCUGAUUCAAUUGGCAAGAAAAUUCAGUAUGAUUGUCCUGGAUUCUUGCACAAUAGGCGUCAGCAUCGUAUGGCAGGAUUGGCUGCUAUUGAAAUUGCUCAAAAAGUUUCUAAAGCGUGGCGUUCUUUACAAGCUGAACGGAAGAAUGCUAACAAAAGCACGUCAAAAUAUGGCAAGAGAACACGAAGAAAAGAAAGACUUAGCAUCGCAAGCCAGAAUAGAGGUGGUGCUUGUUGUAGUACCAGCAGUUCCUUGGAAACAUCAACUUCUUAUGGCAUUACUGAAUCCUCUGGUCGCUCUAUGAUGUCAUGGCAAGAUGUUUUCUCACUGGCUGUAAGAUGGAGACAGAUCUCUGAACCUUGUGACCCAGUUGUUUGGGUUAACAAGUUGAGUGAAGAGUUCAAUUCUGGGUUUGGAUCUCACACACCAUUGAUUCUUGGACAAGCAAAAGUUGUUCGCUAUUUCCCCAAUUAUGAAAGAAUAUUGGACAUUGCAAAGACCAUCAUGAAGGAUAAACGGUACGUGCACAACAAAGCGGAUGGAAUUAUUGAUUUAUCCAAGGAUGAGAAAUGGGAAGAUAUUAUGCAUGCAAAAACCUGCUCAGAUCUUUACAAAGCUGUUGGAGAAGACUUCUGGUUGGCUACUUGCUGUAGCAGCACUGCAUUUGAGGGAAAGCAGCUGGAAGGCACAAGGAUCACCCUAGUAAAAAUGCGAGAGUGUGGAUUUGACUUCGCAAUCAGAACACCAUGUACACCUUCCAGAUGGGAUGAUUAUGAUGCAGAAAUGGCAAUGGCAUGGGAUGCUGUGUGCAAUGCUUACUGUGGUGAAACUUAUGGGUCUACUGAUUUCAGUAUGCUUGAAGAUGUUAGAGAUGCAAUAUUAAAAAUGACCUAUUACUGGUAUAAUUUUAUGCCGCUUUCAAGAGGCUCUGCUGUUGUUGGGUUCAUAGUCUUGCUUGGAUUACUUCUUGCCGCUAAUAUGGAGUUUACGGGAAAUAUUCCACAAGGUAUACAGGUGGAUUGGGAAGCCCUUCUUAAUCUUGAUCCAGACUCCUUUGUGGAUUCUGUUAAAAGUUGGCUGUAUCCAUCACUUAAGGUCUCAACAUCGUGGAAAGAUUAUCCAGAUGUCUCUACAACUUUUUAUACAACAGGAUCGGUUGUUGCUGCUCUGAGCACUUCUGACAAUUAAAUUCCAGAUCCAAUGAGUUGAGUUGAUGUACUAGUCUGCCUCCCUCAAAAUUGGAAAAUUUUACCCAGAAUGCAUCACUUUGUUUCCUAUAGCAACAACAAUGAGUUAUUAUUAUGUAUCUUUUUUCCUACUUAUUUACAUGUUGCCUACAAGAGGUUGCUAAUUCAUUCUUCUUUUUCUUUUUUGUAAGAAGGUUGCCAAUUCAUAGAUACAAAACGCUUCUGUUGGUGGUUGCUCAUCCUUCAAAAAAACAAUGCAGAAGAAUUGCUUGGAAUAAAAAUUAUACUGGAUUUUAAUCCA